UCUUCUCUUUUAAUAGUAUAGAUUUGAAAUUAAUUGAAAUUACAUUUUGUUAUGCUGAAUUUUUUUUUAACAAAAUUGUAUCUUCCAUUUUUACACUUCACUCUAAGGUGCGCUUUCAGUUUCAACACGAUAUAUAUAACCUUUGCUGAAGAGGAAGCACCUCAAACAUUGUCAAUCUCUUGCACUAGAAACUUCUUGGAAAGAUUCUGCGUCGAAGAAUACAAUAUGGACUCGAUGAAACACAACAGUUUCCUCUCUGCUGAUCUGUUGCCAUCUCUUGGAGCAAGCACAAACCAAUCAACCAAGCUUCGUAAACACAUAGUUUCUCCUUUCGAUCCACGUUUCAGGGCAUGGGAGAUGUGGCUAGUCAUUCUUGUGAUCUAUUCAGCUUGGAUUUGUCCUUUUGAGUUCGCCUUCAUCACCUACAAGAAACAUGCGCUUUUCAUUGUAGAUAACAUUGUCAAUGGUUUCUUUGCCAUUGAUAUCAUUCUUACCUUCUUCGUCGCUAAUGUAGACAGCCACUCUUAUAUUCUAGUCGAUAAUCCUAAAAAAAUAGCUAUGAGGUACCUUUCUACUUGGUUUGUCUUUGAUGUCUGCUCCACAGCUCCGUUUAAGUCAUUGAGUCUUCUGUUCAACUACAAGGGAAGCCAAAUAGGAUUCACAGUUCUUAGCAUGCUCAGGCUAUGGCGUCUCAGACGAGGUAGCUUACUGUUUGCAAGACUCGAGAAAGAUAUCCGCUUCAACUACUUCUGGACACGAUGCACAAAACUCAUUUUGGUCACUUUGUUUGCAGUACAUUAUGCUGGAUGCUUCAACUACCUCAUUGCAGAUCUAUAUCCUAAUCGAAGAAAAACAUGGAUUGGAGCUGUGUACCCAAAUUUCAAGGAAGCAAGCUUAUGGAGUAGAUAUGUGACUUCUAUUUACUGGUCCGUUACUACAUUAACAACAACAGGAUAUGGCGACUUACAUGCUGAGAAUCCAAGAGAGAUGUUGUUCAGUGUCUUGUACGUGCUCUUCAACCUCGGUUUCACAUCUUACCUGAUUGGAAAUAUGACCAACCUUGUGGUUCACUGGUCUAGCCACACCAAAACCUUUAGAGAUACUCUUAGAUCUGUUUCAGAGUUUGCAUCAAGAAACCAACUCCCACCAAACAUACAUGACCAGAUGUUAUCACACAUCUCCUUAGAUUUCAAAUCAGAAGGUCUCAAACAGGAAGAGACACUGAAUGGUUUGCGCAAAGCAACUCGGUCAAGCAUUGCAAACUAUCUCUACCUCCAUAUUGCUCAGAACGUUUACCUCUUUCAAGGAGUUUCUCAUAACUUCCUCUUUCAGUUGGUUUCAGAUAUCGAUGCUGAGUACUUCCCACCCAGAGAAGAUGUAAUUGUACAGAACGAAUCUCAUACUUAUCUUUACAUUCUUGUCUCAGGGGCAGUGGAAUUUACUGCUUACAUUGACGGUGAAAAUCAGAUACAAGGGAAAGCAGUUGUUGGAGAUGCAUUUGGAGAGAUUGGUGUUUUAUGCUAUACACCACAACCUUUCACUGUUAGCACAACAGAACUAUCUCAAAUUCUACGCGUACACAAAAGAUCUCUCAUCAGUGCUAUGAGAGCUCAUAUUGAAGAUGGACGUAUCAUAAUUAACAACCUCUUUAUGAAACUUAGAGGGCAACAGUCAAUAGCAAUUGAUGCUGCAAAAAAACAACCAGACGUCCUCCUCCAGAAGUGGCUUGGUGGUAGUCUAAAGAUAUGUGAAGGAGAUGCAAGUGAUCAAGGAAAAGGACACAAGUAUUUACAACUGGAUGACUCAGAAAACAUUGAUUUGGAAUUAACCAAAUCGAUGGAUUCAAGAAAAGAUGGUUCUAGUGAAACGAAAAGAGGUCAAGAACAUAAAAUAAAGAUAGCGGAAGAGGAAAAACCAAACAAAUAUAUUGAUGAGAAAAGUUUCUCUAAUGCAGAUGUUGCCUCAUUUAAAUUAACAUAUCCACAUUGCAGAUUCAAACCUAGUAAACAAGAACCCGCAAAGCCGGAAGAAAAGAAAGUUACCAUCCACUUGAAGUCAGAAGGAAAAUAUUUGCCAAAGCUGAUAAUCUUACCUUAUUCCAAAGUAGAGCUUCUAAGACUUGCAGGUAAGAUAAUUUACUUCUUAAUGCGAAGUUUCAAGAAAUUAACAAGAAUUUACAAAAGUAAAGAAUUAAUAAGAACCCAAAGACUUUUCCAAAAGGAAUUUCUAAUAUUAAAUGUGUAAUUAUGCAGGUGAGAAAUUUGGAAAACAAAGCUUCACAGUGGUCACCAAUGCGGAAAACGUUGAAAUAGAUGAUGUAGAUGUCAUUAGAGAUGGUGAACAUUUGUUUUUUUACUAUCAAUGAGUACGAAGGUAAAGAGCCUUGAUGUGACUUAUUAUUUACCAUUUCCGUAGGCCCGACUAUGAGCCCCACUAUGAAUCCAAUCAGAACAUGUACCUAUCUUUUGACUAAUUUUCAAAAAUAUGUUUUGAACGAUCCCUAGAAUUUGCAAUCUAAAUUUAAAACAACCAAAACUAAUAAUCUAGACACCAAAGUAAAAGAAAACGAAUAUUUAUAUCAAGUUUGAAGAUCUAUUAUAAUUACCUUGCACUCACGUCUUAUUGUUUUUCAUCUUUACUCUUUCCAACCAAAACCCUAUUAGCCCAAAAAGAGAACCCUCAAUGCAAUCUUUACUUUGAUAGGUAUUAUCAAAACGAUUCCAACAAUUCAACGCAGUAUGGACCACAUAUUUGACAGAUCGGUCGAGAAUUGUUGUUGGAUCCUUCAGAUUGGGUUCAUCUGGAAGAAUUAACUUGUUGAAAGAACUUUUGUCCGCGUGUGGAAAACCCAAUACGACCUCUGCUUCCAAGUUCCAACUCGUAAGUAAGUACCGACGUCCUCUGUUUCCUUUAUUUGUGUAAACGGUCUUUUGUAAUUGAAAAGCAGUACAUCGGAUGGAACGUCAUAUGACUGUAAUUGGGUAGCCUAACCGGAAGUGUUCCAUCCUUAAAAAAAAACCCAAACUCUUAAACUUCUUGUUUUUUCUUUGGGCUUCUAAAGAUUAACAUUGAACUUCUCCUUUUGGACUCUAGUAAACCCUACUCUCUUUUUCAACCGGAAUAUAAUUUGACGAAACAUAAACUUCUCAAAAGCUUCAUUGAUGUCUCUCAUCCUCACGUUUGUCUUCCUCAUCUCACCAUCAUCAUCUUCGAAUCAAGAAUACCCACACUAAGGAAAUGGCGACGAAUCACCAGUUCACGACAUCAAAGCUGAUCCUGAAAUUUUUGAAGAAACUAUAAAAUAUACUAUUUUUAAUAAUUUGGGAGUUUAUGUUUAUAUAAAUUGUCUCUUAAAUUUUAGGAGCUCUACACUAAUGGUUUACUUGACCCUCACUCUUGCAGUUCAGAACCGUGAGUAUAAUCUCUUGUUUCAUGGCUUUCCCUUCUUAGAACAUCUCCUACAUUUUAUAUUUUAUUUCAAAAUGUUGUGGAAAAUGGAGUAAUCAACAAAUAUAUUAGAAGUAUUAUUCCAUUAUGAUUUAUAGGUUUGCGUUUUGCUUUUCCAAUGCAUAGAUUUUCAUUAUGGGUU